AUCACCACAGAUAAGCACCAAGGCAUCAAGUAUAAAGCUAACUAGCUUGUCUAUCUAUAGCAAAACAUUCCACCCUUGUUGCCAAUCUUGGAGCCACGCACAACCACCAUUGUCACUUUAUCAGUCAGGACGGACCACGCACAAAGCCACGUGGUAGCACCAGAUUGGCAAACAGUAGCAAAAACACUCUCAGCUCGCGGAUGCCAGGAGCUAUAUGGAGUUUAAUAUAUUAAUAUUAAUAUGCAUGUUGAUGAACACAGAUAAAGCAAGCAUCCAAGUUUUCUUAUAGCAACAUACCCAUGGAAAACUCCAAUAACAACUAGAGCUUUUACUUUUUUCUUAUAGCAACGCACCCAUGGAAAACUCCAAUAACCAACUAGAGCUUUUAUUGAAAGAAUCAAAGAACAAGAUCUUCUUAACGACCAGUAAUAUAUCCAAAAUCUUGGUUGGAAACUCUUGAAGCCCUUCAUGAACCAUCCUUGUUAGUUUUAUCAGGAAAUGGUUGGGUUUGCUAACACAUCCAGACUCUUCACAUGAAUAGAAAGGUGGAAAGUAAUUUGUCUGUAGCAAAACCAACCUAAGAAAAGGCCAAAAAUCCUAGUCAUUGACACGCCAGCCACAUACUUAUUACUUCUACCAGAAAAGCUUGGAUGUAUUAACAUGCUCUCUUCAUACAUAAGCAUCAACAAAAGAGGUUGCAACUAAUUUGUCUAUAGCAAAACUACCCUGAGGAAAAGUCUAGCAUCCUAGUUGGCAGAUGUUAAUAGCCAGUUCACUCACCCUGAUUACCACUGCCUUCAUUAUUAUGUUGGACAGAUUAACACGCCAAGAGGAUUAUAAAUUCGCACCCACCCUCACAAGUCCCUAUCAGAUUCAGACAUCAUCACCUACUACAAAAUCUUGCAUCAGCAUGGCUACCCAACAAGGUUUCAGUUCUACCGACCUGAAAACCCAUAGGAAGAACCUACCAUCCCUCCUUGCAGUUGCUCAACCAUUCCUUCGCGGUGAGCUAGAGAAAAUCGACCCAGAGAUCCCAUCCUUUCUCUCCAUCCUACGCUCAGCCGGUGCCGGUGAGCGUCACCACAAGAACGGAGCAUUCCUAGCUCACCUGCUCAAUUUCCAUCGCAUUGUCCGACUGUGGGGUGCGCCCUCUGACAUUGCUCGAUGUGGCCUUUUCCACUCAUCGUAUGCCAAUUCAUACGUCAACGUCUCCAUCUUCGAAUCAAGCACGACCCGCGAGGACGUGCAGCGUCUCAUCGGUGCACCAGUUGAACGACUAGCUUUCCUAUUCUGCGCUGUCCCGCGCCACAAGCUCAUCCACGAAGAGCUCCACUUCCAGUACACCGACACGGAGCUGAGGGAUCACCUAGCUGCCUCUGACCUGUCCAUCAAGGCAGCUAGGGAGACUGGCACAUUUGACGCCUCUGAGGCAUGGCGCGAGAAGAUCUGCAAGCUUCUUCCACCAAAGGGCAUGGAAGCAAGGCACUUCAAAACUGGUGAACCCAUAUCACUUUCACGCAGGAUCAUAGCACUCUUUGUUCUGAUGACUAUCGCCGACAUCUGCGACCAGUACAUUGACUACCAAGACAAGCUGUAUGAUAACGAGAAUGGCCGGCUGGAGUUCCGCGGCGACAACUGGGGUGCUCUGUGGCCAGGAACUUGCAAGCCCGGUCUCUGGAUGAAUGCAGCAUCAAGGCUGGGAGUUCUGUACAACCUCAUCAUUAGAGAGGAAGAGCUUUACACUCAGGAGAGGAACAAGAUGGGAGAGACUAUCCGGCUCGACCGAGACGAAGAAAUCAUGCUGGUGAUCCCGCCGGUCUUCAACUACUGCACCAAGGUGCUGGAUCCCAAGGAGCAAAUAGCUGCGAGGGACCUUUACUGGGAGGCCAUAUGCAGUGAUGACAGGAAGGAAAGAGACUGGGAGAAAGUGGAGAAGGUCCUGUUGGAGAGUAUUCAGAAGAACCCGUUUGUAGGAGAGCCUCGCCUGGUUGCUGCACAGGUGUAUCUCAACAUGGAGAGGUACGCAGAGGCGAAGGAAGAGGCCGAGGAAGGGCUCAAGUUGCUGCUGGAAUGGGGCAUCAGCUGGGACAAAAGGAUGACAUGGGAAUCCUGGGUGUCUUGGGGCAGGGUGAUGCUGGACAAGGCCAAGGAGAAUGAGUGGCCUCAUACUGCAGCAGGCAUCAUCAACCUGGGGCUUGUGAAAUGAGCAGUCAGAACAUCAGUAGUAUUGUGGUAAGGUAAUAAUGCAGUAGUAACGAAUAAUUGUGGGCAGCAUGUCAUGCCCUUGUCUGAAGGGGGGGAAAAAAGGAAUAAUGUUAGGCACCAUUAGCCCAUCUUAAUAAGAGUGAGUGGCAAACGUUGUUUGGCCCUAUUGUC